AUGCUACCGGAAACGGCUAUGAUGGCACCGCCAACCAAGAGCGCGCCUCGGCCGUUUUUGGCGUCUACAACAGCCAGAUUAGCGGCAGAAGCUCCCAGUGAACCUUUGGGACACGAUGAUGCAGAUUGUGCACGUCCACCGACGACUGCUCCGGAACCAACGACUAGGGAGCCGAACGGGCGUCGAGAUGAAUACCAUGCUCGUCCACAGCCACGACGAUUCCCCAGUUCUGGAAGCAGCGGAAGGGCCGGCGGAGGACUCAUGGGCUACUUGCGUUCCAUGUCUUCUCGACGUUUUCUCGUUGGUGCGCUAGCGGAUACAGCCACGAUUGCCGAAGACGAGCCCCUCGAUCAGCCCAAUGGGUUCCUCGACGAGGCGAACGAAAUCAAAACGGCUCUGGACGCACCAUACAAUGGAAACAACGUAGACGGAAACGCAGAAAAGGAAGUAGAAAACGGAUUGGACCGGUCUAACAAUCACCGCCGUAGACGGCGCAGCUCGUCCAGGGGAAUGUCGUCUUCGAGUCGACGCCGCAACCACCGAAGACAUAAGCAGUUAACUGGCAAUACCAUGACCAUGAACAACUCGUCGCGGAUUUCCGAUUGGAUGUUGCACCGGUGA